CAUCACAUGGAAACUUGUUGAACCAAACAAAACAAAUCCUCUGGGCCACAACAAAGAAAUAAUGCAGAAAACUCCAAUAACAGUUAAGCACUCCCUUUGCAAAAAUAGUUGUCACGUUUAGUAAAGAAUGAACUCAAAGUUUAAUAGUAUAAUGAUCUUAGUCUUACUCCAAAAAAGAUACAGUAAAAGUGUAAAACACUCCCUUUAAAGUCUCCUACCAAACCAGUAUCUUCCAUCCACCAUUAACCACUUUAAAUCUCAACACCAUUUUCAAUCUUCUUCCAUUGAAUCACCCAAGCCAAAAAAAAUUAACCCCAACCCACCAACCCAUGUCCAAAAUCUCAAUCCCAACAGAAAACUCAAAAACAAAGAGCAUUUUUAGAAGACAAUGCAAGAAGGAUCCUCAGCAACUGAACCAGAAGCAGAAGAUGAAGAAAUACUGAAUCCAAAUCCCCCUUAUCAUAUGAUCAAUGGCAAAACCUAAUCUUAACACCCUUAUGAUUCACACCCUCUUGCAGCUCAUCAUAGCCUUCACUCAGUUCCCGACAUCACCACUAGCUGAAUCCUCAAACAAGAACGAACCCUUCGUGGGAGUGAACAUAGGAACUGAUGUCUCAAACCUUCUUGCACCAUCAGAGAUAGUUUCGUUCCUGAAGAAGCAGAAGAUAACACACAUUCGAAUCUACGACGCCAACCCGGACAUCCUCGGAGCCUUGUCGGGUUCCAACAUCAGCGUCACCAUCAGCGUACCAAACAACCAGCUCCUCGGAAUCGGUUCCUCCAACACCACCGCUCUUUCAUGGAUCCGAAAAAACGUCGUCGCUUACUACCCCAAAACUCUGAUCGCCGGAAUCUCCGUCGGCGACGAGGUGCUCACCACCGUGCCCUCCUCCGCCCCUCUCCUCCUCCCCGCCCUCGAAUCCCUCUACACCGCACUCGUUGCAUCAAAACUUGAAAACUCCAUCAAAAUCUCAACCCCUCACUCUGCUUCCAUAAUUCAAGAACCUUUUCCUCCUUCUCAAGCAUUCUUCAACCAGAGCCUCUCCUCAAUUAUCCUCCCUCUCCUUCAGUUUCUCUCGAGAACCGGGUCGCCGUUAAUGCUUAACCUUUACCCUUAUUAUGUGUUUAUGCAAAACAAAGAUUUGGUUCCUCUUGAAUACUCACUCUUCAAGCCUUUGAAAUCUUCUAAGGAAAUGGUUGAUCCCAAUACUCUGCUUCAUUAUACCAACGUUUAUGAUGCUAUGGUCGAUGCUGCUUAUUUCUCAAUGAAGAAUUUCAAUAUCACUGAUGUUGUGGUCCUUGUAACCGAAACCGGUUGGCCUAGUAAGGGUGAUUCAAAAGAACCGUAUGCCACUAAAGAGAAUGCUGAUACUUAUAACUCAAAUUUGAUAAAGCAUGUUUUUGAUCGGAGUGGGACACCAUUACAUCCGGAAACUACUUCCAGUGUGUAUAUAUAUGAGUUGUUCAAUGAGGAUUUGAGGUCUGAACCCGUUUCAGAAGCAAAUUGGGGUUUGUUCUAUGGAAAUGCUACACCUUCUUACUUGCUUCGUGUGUCUGGUGUUGGGGGUUUUCUGGCAAAUGAUAGUGCUAAUCAGACAUACUGUGUUGCAAUGGAUGGUGUUGAUGGCAAGACUCUUCAGGCGGCGUUGGAUUGGGCUUGUGGUCCGGGCAGGGCCAAUUGUUCUGAUAUUCAGCCUGGGGAGACUUGUUUUGAGCCUAAUAAUGUCAAGAACCAUGCUUCUUAUGCUUUUGAUAGUUAUUACCACAACCAAGGGAAGGCUACUGAGUCUUGUGACUUCAAGGGUGUAGCUAUGAUCACUACCAGUGACCCCAGUCACGGGAGCUGUAUAUUUCCUGGAAGCAAGCAACUGAUCAACAAUACCAAGCAAGUGGUGAAUUCUACUCAGUCAAGCAAUGCUGGGGAGAAGUUGAGUUUCAUGGCCUUUAAGAGCACUCAAAUUUGUGCAAGUAAUAACAUUUUGUACAUCAGCUUGGUUGCUGCUUUCCCCUUUGUGUUUCUAUUCAUUUUGUGAGGUGCAAAUAAAUAAUUCAAUUUUGAGGGGGCCACUGGUCAUGUCUGGUAUUAUUGUUUUGAAUUUUUUUAGAGCAAUGGAAAGAGAGGAGGGUGCAGGUC